AUGGUUCAGGGUACGGGAACGGUGUCAAAGAGAUUAGACAGUAGUACAAAGGGGGGUAAAAAUGAGGAUGAGCUUAAAGGUGGAGUAAGGAAUGAGGAUGAGCUUAAAGGUGGAGUAAGGAAUGAGGAAGAGGAUGAGGGUAAAGGUGGAGAUGAUGAAGAAGAAGAUGAAGAAGAUGAGGAUUAUGAUCCAACUAAAAAAGAGGAGACGGGUCAAGUUGGGGAUGGAGAGGAGCCCGGAGAGAGCAGCGAUGAAUAUGAUUCCAGGAAUGAUUCAGGAAGAGAGGAUAUUCCCGAUUUUUCCAAAAUCGAGUCAAACGUUUCACAAGUGAGAACGAGAUCACAGCGGUAUCGCGAUAAGGAGUUGAAGAAGGCUAAAUUCAUAGGAAAGUUUGAAACUGAUUCACGAGGGUUGGUAAAGGAUACUUGUGCAUUGGAUAUGGAAGCGGUAUUCAACGAUUUGAAACAGUGUAAAAAGAUACCUGAAAUGGAACCGAUUUUAGCAGAACCCAAAUCGAGUAAAAUCGAGCAAGAUCUUGAGCAUGAGCAAGGGCAGGAGCUGGCUUCGAAGAUCAAAAUACAGGUGAACUACACGUUUGCUGGGAAAUUGAUAACCGAGUCGAAACUAGUAGAUAGGGACUCUGAAGAAGCAAAAGCAUACCUCAAUUCCACCAGCUCGAUAACGUCAAGUAGUGAUGAUGUACCAUAUAGGCGAUCUCAAGUCAAGGUUAUAAGAGAAGAUCCAUUUACUAAAGAGAAAAAAGAGCUUUGCAUUAAACUAAAACGACCUUCACUUAUAGACAAGUUUUUGCAGAUGAGCAGUAAUAAGAAAAUGAAGUUAUCAACCUUGGAGAAAUCUCGAUUAGAUUGGGCAAGCUUUGUUGAUCAGCGGAGAAUUGGUGAUGACCUCAAGAGACAUAAUAAGGGCGGAUACUUGGAUAAACAAGAUUUUUUGGGCAGAAUCGAUAUGAAAAGGGACGUCAUUUAUCAACAAGCAAAAGAAGCUGAAAGGAGGAGACUCUACCAACUUGAAAACAAGUAA